AUGUCUAACCCCAAAGAUUUCAAGUUCAUCUUGAAAGCCAUGAUAAACAAGCAAAAGACUAAGGUUCUUUAUGUGGAGGCCGAUAGCGAUUUCGUAGAUGUUUUGUUGAGCUUCCUGACUUUGCCAUUGGGAACUAUCGUCCGAGUCUUGAACAAACACUAUGGUGAUGAGGCCCCUGUUGUAGGAAGCUUAACCACUUUGUACAACGGCUUACGCAAUUUGGACAAUGGGCUUUUCUUGUCAGAGGACUGUAAGAACCUGCUGCUCAACCCGAUAAGAUCGUCUGAGGUCGAAUGUCGUCGGCUGAAAAUCAACGUUGACGACACGCCGCCCACAAGGUACUUCAAAUGUGGAGACACAAAUUGUGUAUUUAGUAAAUCUUCGAAUGUAAGCACGCACUUUAGCGGAUUGAAAUGCGAUUGUGGGAAACCGUUGGACAAAAAAAUUUACGUGAGAGGUUAUGGUGAUGUUUGCGGCGGGGUGUUUAUUGCAAGUAAAGCAUCCUUAAUCAUAACUGAUGAUCUUCAAGUAUUGCCUAGUGUGACGAGUACUUUUGUGCAAAUUCUCCGCAACUUAGGCAUUACAGAUACAGUCGGGAUCGAGGAAAGGAGUCUCACUUUCGGAUUCAAUGAGAUAAUGGAUUUGCUGAAGGGGUCGUUAGUUUCUCCGGCACCACUCACAGAACUUAUUCUCGAUCCGAAACAGAUGAACCAUGUAGCGAUGAAGUGCGAGAUAGGUGUCCUACCAGUUGAUCUGAUCAAGAAACAGAUGGAACCUUUCAGUGCUAAGAAUAUGACUGUGAAAGCCAUUGUAUCGGCUAAUAAGCUACUGUUUGCUGAAGUCGAUAGUGAUUUUGUGGAUUUCCUAUUUAGCCUGCUGGCUCUCCCCUUAGGAGGGGUCGAGUGCUUAUUGGGAAGUGACACUUGUCUUACAAAUAUAGACAAUUUGUACAAAAGCGUAUCAAAUAUGGGAAUGAACAAGUAUUUGAAGAACAUAGACAAAACGAAAGCCCAGCUACUGCAGCCUAAGUUACCAUUAUGUUACUAUUCAAGAACACACUUUUUGUCACUGAAUGCAAAUGAUUUCAAUUAUAUGUACUUUUCUUAUGAUAAUGGAGGAAGUUUGCCAUCGUCGGACUCAUUUUCUGGUUACUGGGUGUCUUCUUAUAAGUUUCCGGAAGGCAAGGUGAGCAACUUUAAUCGCCAAUGGGUGUCUACUUCUACAUGUGCAGAAGGGCAAGCAAAAUAUGUAAAAGGACCAAAUAUGUAUAUGGUGACAGACAAUUUAACUGUGACUCCCUUGUCUUCCACCUCAAGCUUUUCCGUCAUCAAUAGCCUCAAAAUCCAAUUAUCCGAAGUCAAGGAACUCGAGCUGGUUGUUGGUUUGGAAGAGGCUCUGAGCAUACUGAAAGCAUCUCUGACUUCGUCUCGAGCCUUAACCGAUGGCCUCAUCACUCCUUUUUAA